AGACUACAAACAUAUUUAACACCUGCUGAGUUUCCCACUCUAAACUCGCUCAACAACCAUGAAGCUCGCCAUCCUGGUCUGCGUUUCUGUUGUCUUCUACCUCACUAUGGUAGAAGCAGAAGCGACUGAUGAAAGUCCUAUAGUUUGUACUCGUGAGUACAAACCUGUGUGUGGAGACGAUGGGAUAACAUACUCCAAUGAGUGCAUGCUCCGCUGGGAAAGCAAUGCAAAGGAAGUGGUUGUCAACGUAAAGCAUGAAGGAAAAUGCGAGAGCUCUUAAACUGCGAGAGCUCCUAAAAUGCUGUUACAACAAUGUCAUCCCUUCCAUUUUAAUGCAAGAGGAACAACUAUAGUGUGAUUUUUCCCUCAUGCCAAAAAUCAGUACCUUAUAUGUUUGGUCAGACAUUGCAUUGUCACCAUGUAAUCUGCUGCAAUAAACAGUGAAGCAUUUAAAAACAUUCAUUUAUAGCUAAAAUGAAGAUCAGAGGAUAUGUUUAAAUAAAUUACAUUUUUUCCUUCCUUUAAAACUACUGUCCUUAAAAAUGAUCAUUUUAUAAUUACAUUUUUAUCUUUAGCUUUAGUUUUUUGUUGUUGUUGUUGAUCGAUAGACAGUCCAGAGACUAUUCUUGAGAUUUUUCCCCCCAAACCAUUUGGAAAAUAGGCAUUUUGGGUGGCAGUGUGCCAAAAUGCUGCAGGUGGCCAUUUUUGUAAUAACAAACCCCAAAUUUGCCAAGCAUUUUAUCACUUAAUUUUCACAUUAUUCGAGAACAGUUGGUUCUAUCAAAAUGCUUAUUGCCAUUCUAAACACUCUUUAAUGCUGGUUAUAAUGCAUUACCUUUGUAAUCUGCAAAUGUCUGUUUAGUAGAUAAAACAACUAAAUUACAGUUGAGAAUAUAUCAUGUAUAUUGCCAGUGCUUUCAUGUUAAAAAGCACAUAUGCAGCUGUCCAGUCAAUACAACUUAUAACCAUAAAUAUGCCAAUAAAUAUCACUUUGUUCCAAA